UCCUGAUGCUGCAGUGUCAUAUCCUCAUGUAUUUAAAUCCUGAUGCUGCAGUGUCAUAUCCUCAUGUAUUUAAAUCCUGAUGCUGCAGUGUCAUAUCCUCAUGUAUUUAAAUCCUGAUGCUGCAGUGUCAUAUCCACAUGUUCAAUUGAAAAACGUACACGUACGUCACUGUACUGCAUCGUUUACUCGUUGAAGUUACCAGGUCAAGACAGCGUUUUGAAUAUGCCGAGGCUCAGUGCUGGGCAGUGGUGAAGCACAAAUGAUGAAUAACACGUUAAACACACUCCACUUAACUACAGUACAGCCAGCAGCCACACAGCCCUCGCGUUUGUAAAGUUCAACACGACUCGCGUUUGUUCGAGUCCCGCGAGGCUGAACACCAAAAUAAGCCUGGUUGCUAGGAGACGGCUGUCAACACGAGCGGGCUGUCCUGCGCGUACGGCUGGAGUGGCAGCUCUGAGAUUUACAACAAAAUACAUUUUAAUACGAUAACUUCCUAGUGGAUCCUCUUGUUGUGUUGUUGAACGCUGCCUCCCCCAGUACAGUCAGGAUGGACAGCCCCAGCCUCUUCUCCCACACCAGCUCCCUAUUACCAGAGCAGGAGGGUCCCGCCGUCCCAGAGCAGGAGGGUCCCCAUGUCCCAGAGCAGGAAGGUCCACGUGUCCCAAAGCUGUCCAGAGUGUUAGUGGACAGCAGGGCAGAGCCCCUGCUCCUCCCCAAGUCCCUGUGCAUCCUGCAGACCCGCAGACACACACGCCUCCAACGGCAGCUGCUGCGCACCGCCAGCUCGGGACUCACCUUCUCCCAGGAUGUGGUGAGGGACAGGGGCCCCUCCAGCCUGCCCUACAGCCAGAGGGACACCCGGGGGCUGUUCGACCCAUCAGGACUCCUGGGUCCCCCAGCCAGGACCAAGCAGAGGGGCGCGCCCAGGAUGGACACCCCGCGACACAUGCCGUGCCACCUGUGGACGGGAGACCGGGCAAAAAAGAGGGACCCUGAUAGCAAAGCAGGCCCUCGGGGGGUUCCACUGGUCUCGGAGCAGGACAGGGAAACGGGGAGGGUGAAGGAGAAGGGAAAUGAGCAGCCUGCUGUUUUCCUCACGGAGGCUGAUUCGCCCCCUCAUGGCCGUGUCUCUGCCGGAAUGGUAGCGUCGUUGGGCGGCAGCGAUAAGGACGGGGUCCGGGGUCAGUGGGAUGAGCUCCUCCUGGCUCAGAUCUCAAAGACCACGGCGCAGGGCGGGCACGAGGCCAGGCGGCAGAGCCUCCUCUCGGGCUGCUACGGCUCCUCCAGAGCCACCGACCUGGUCCCAGAGGAUCCUAUGAACCCUGAGGACUUCCGCGACUGCAGGGAGCUGCCCCCUGGCUCGGGCAUCGAGACUGUGCAGAAGGCCGUGCCAGAGACACCCCUCCCGCUGUACUACAGAGCCCCUGGGUUCUCCCGGGCCCAGACCCAGUCCAGCGAGCCCGGAGGCAUUAACCUGACAGCAGACACUCUGAGAGUGAAGCACCUGCAGCCCCUCCCUCCCCCCCGCCUGCAGGACAGUCUGAACCCCCGGGCUGGGGCUCACGUGUACAGCACAGAGAACCCCUUCGAACAGGAGCUGUACUCGGGGAUCUCCAGCCAGGUGCACCAGCGGGAUGAGAGGCGCAGGGACUGGAUCAUCAUGGAAAACACCUCGGAAUACCGCAAGAACCUCCAGGAGCAACUCCCACGCACCCCGGAGCAGUGGAACAAAGCAGGGGGCGCACGGGAGACAACCCCGAAACGUACAGGAGUGCUGAGGCCAGUGAAAGGAGGGCGGAGGUGGCUGGCGCUGCCCAGCCCAGCUGACUACACAGAAACCGGGCUGAGACCCCCGGACACAAGCUGGCCGGACACAAGACCCGUCUACACCCGGACCCCACACCGCCCCCUGCAGGAGCUGUCGGGAUGGCGGUACACCGUGGAUGAGUGGAGGAAAGCCUGGAAGCACAUGACCCGCUGGCAGGAUGUGACAGUGGAGGGACUGAAGAAGGACCUGACUGACAUGCACUGCCAUGUCCGGGUCAUCGCCAUAGCAACCUGCGCAUCGGGAGCGGUCAACCGACCCAGUCCUGAACUUAAUCCCUCCAAGGAAGCAGCGCUGAGGGGCGGUGUCCAGGCCAUGACCGCGGAGGUGCAGCCUGUCCCAGAGGAGCUGCAGCCCCUGCUGAGGGCCGCCCUCACCGACCCCAGCGACCGUGUCCGCUUCGCAGCCGCGCUGUGCCAGUACGCCAUGGGGGCCGGCAACGCCAUGGCCAGGGAGAUACUACUGGAGGCGCUGUUAGACAGUGCUCUGGGUCGGGAUGCAGACAGCUGGGCAGCAGCUCAGUGCCUGGCCCUGGAGGGGGAGGGGAGUGCAGCGGUGGUGCAGAGGCUCAUUUCCCAACUCUUCGAUACGGACGUGGAGGGCGACAGGGAGCAGGCUACUGCCCUGCUGGCCAGGCUGACCAACACCACGACUGUGGUGCGCUCCCUGCUGGCAGAGAAACUGAACAGCGGGAACUGGAGGGAGCGGACCCUGUCCUGCCACACCCUGGCUCGUCUGCAGGGGUCCUUUAAUAAGGACCUGACUAACAAGCUGACCUUCCUCAUGUGGAAUGACUGGCACAGUAAAGUGCGCCAAGCUGCAGCACAGACACUGGGCAGGAUGGGGCUGGGCAAGGAGGUGCACGAUGAACUGAGGUCGAAGCUGUGCGAGGACUCCCCCUGUUGGCGUGUAGUGGCGCUGUCUCUCUUGGCCCAGCUGGGCAUCAUGACGGCCAAGCUGCUCCCUGCGUUCCUAAGCUGCUUCAACAAUGACUUUGUGGCCGUGCGCCAACAGGCCUGUCUCACGGCUGCCACGAUGCGCAUACCAGACGAGCUGGUUUUCAACCAGCUGCUUCGUAUGAUGCAGAACGAGCCUGUCAAGGAGAUCAAAGCCAGCGCCAUUCACGCCCUAGGGCAGACUGGCCACGUCACCCCCGCCCUGCGUGAGCUGCUGCUGUGGGCACUGCACCACGAGGAGGAGCCCGUGGUCCGCUUCGCUGCGGGAGAUGCCAUCAUAGCGCUGAACCUGACUGGGUCCGACCUACAGGACCUGCUGCUAGACCGGCUCAGCCUAGAGCCCCACCUACUGGUCAGGAGGAAAGUCGCUGAAAUCCAGGCCAAACUCGGCUUCAGCCAAGAGGGGAGCAAGAACUUGGUCCACAAAGUCAAACAGCAGGUCCACAGGCUGUGCAGUAAGCGCAUCAUCACUCAAAAGGUGCUGAGGCUGGAGGAGUUAGAGGAAACACUGGUACAGAAGGCAUUACGGAUCGACCUGCGCACUCAGCCAGGCCUGUCGGACGAUCCCAGAGACAUAGCCAGGCUACUGGGGGACUGCUUCCCAGCUCACAGUCCACCCAACUCUGCACCCCUGCAGCUGGAGUCGGAGCUGCCCUUGUACGACACAGAGAGUCAGUCUCUUUCAGACACUUUCAGGUCAUCCAGCGCAGCCACUCGAGCGAGCUUCGCCUCGCCGCGCACGCCAACGCUCUUUUCACAUGACACUGAGGAUGAGGAGGCGGAGCCACAGCGACCAAUCACAAGAGGACGUGCAAAAUCCUUCAGAUCCUGCAGGCAGUCACGUCAUCGGCCAGUCUCUGGCAGCGCUGUCUCAUUAUCACAGGGACACAGCCGCCCGUCAUGUGACCUGGAGGAGCAGGUUUUAUAAAGGCUGUCCCCACCCUGAUAAACUGCAUUUCCAGCAGGCUCACUCUUUUGUAAUUUGUAAUAAAAAAUAUCUAUAUACACAUUAUAUCAUAGCUUUUAUAAUGGAAGGUGGUCACUGUAUCCACAUAAUUGGUAAAUAAAUACAUUUAAAAAACAUUUUUUAAAAGGAAAUGUCCAUGCAAGCCCGAAUGUGAGAGGGUUCAGCUAUGCACUGGAUGAAUAACCACCAUUACAUUCGGCUUCAUGAAUCUGUAAGCUAGUUUUUUUGGGGGGAUCGGAGCUGAAACAAACAGUUGAACAGUUAGAGAGGCGCAGAGAUAAGGACUGG